AUGACUUACGAAAGCUAUACUGUUGCGGUGAUAUGCGCCAUGAGCUUCGAAAUGAGCGCUUUUCGUUACAUGCUGGAUAGAGAGCACCCUCGCCUGCAGAGAAAAGAAGGCGAUAACAAUACUUAUGUUUUAGGCGAAUUAUACGGAAACAAAAUUGUACUUGCAUGUCUCCCUGGGAAUCAAGGAAAAGGAUCUGCAGCAACUGUGGCAACCAAUUUGGCGCGAACAUUUCCUGCUAUAACAUUAAGAUUUCUCGUGGGAAUAGGUGGAGGAGUGCCGAGUAAGAAGCAUGAUAUCCGUCUGGGUGAUGUGGUUGUGAGCAUGCCUAGCGGACAAUAUGGUGGCGUGGUGUAG